AAGUGUCUGGACGAGUGAAUUUGUUCUACCUUCCCAUCCUCCUCCCAUGAUGCCUUGCUGCAGGAAGCAGGAAGUGGCACACUGGUAGAGGAGGAUGCCGGCAUUGAAGAGGACAGCAGGAGUGAUAGAGAGAGAGACUUCAGGGAGGACAUGGCCUAUGCUGCUCUCCCUCCACCACCUCCCCUCCCCCACCACCACACUCCCGGAGCAGAGCUGACCGCCCAGGCCUCCAGCCAACCUCCAUCUUCCCCCCAACACAUCGCCUUCUCCAAGGGGCCAUCAUGGAGCCGCAGGACCUCCCCCUCACGGACCCACCGCAGCUCCUUGAGCGCCGCAUUCGCAAAGCCCAACCCCCGCUCUCGGCCCUCCGGUCCAGAGUCAAGGAGGAGGUGGCGUGCUCCAUGCCCAGGGCUCGCUCAACCCUGCUGGGCUUCUUCCCCGUUGUCAGCUGGCUGCCCAAGUACAAGCUCCAGGAGUACGUGUGGGGCGACCUGAUGUCCGGUGUCAUCGUGGGGAUCAUCCUGGUACCGCAGGCCAUCGCCUACUGCCUCCUGGCCGGGGUGCAGCCCAUCUACGGCCUGUACACCUCCUUCUUUGCCAACAUCAUUUACUUCUUCAUGGGGACCUCCAGACACGUGUCGGUGGGCAUCUUCAGCCUCAUGAGCCUCAUGGUGGGCCAGGUGGUGGACAGAGAGGUGUUCCAGGCAGGGUUUGACCUCAGCGAGACAGACCCAGGGUCCUUCAAUGGAACGGGUGUCGCCUCAAACCUCUCGGCAGCCACCGUGGAAGUGAUGGGAGUAGUUUAUAGCAAGGAGUGCUAUGCUAUUGCCAUAGCAGCCGCUCUCACGCUGCUAGCUGGAAUCUACCAGGUCUUGAUGGCAGUGUUCCGGCUGGGCUUCGUCUCCGUCUACCUGUCGGCUCCUAUGCUGGACGGCUUCGCAACAGGUGCCUCCCUCACCAUCCUGACAGUGCAGGCCAAGUACCUCCUGGGCCUGAAGAUCCCUCGCCACCAGGGCUACGGCACUGUGGUGGUCACGUGGAUCAACAUCUUCGCCAACAUCCAGAACACAAACCUCUGUGACUUAGUCACCAGUGCCAUCUGCAUCUUUGUCUUAGUGGCAGGAAAGGAGAUCCAGGAUCGCUACAAGAGUCGCCUGAAGAUCCCCCUGCCCACCGAGCUGGUGGUGGUGGCUGGGGCCACCCUGGCCAGCCACUUUGGGAACCUGAACGCCCUCUACGGCUCCAGUGUGUCCGGUCACAUCCCCACAGGGUUCAUCCCCCCCACGGUGCCCGCUCUGGACCUGAUGCACCGCGUCGCUCUGGAUGCUGUCCCCAUGGCUGUCAUCAGUUUUGCCUUCACCGUGUCGCUGUCUGAGAUGUUUGCGAAGAAGAACGGCUACACGGUGCGUCCCAACCAGGAGAUGUUAGCCAUCGGCUGCUGUAACAUCAUCCCCUCCUUCUUCCACUGCUUCACCACCAGCGCUGCCCUGGCCAAGACCAUGGUGAAGGACUCCACAGGCUGCCAGACUCAGGUCUCCAGUCUGAUCAGUGCCCUGGUGGUCCUCCUGGUGCUCCUCUUCUUCGCUCCGUACUUCUACUCCCUCCAGAAGUGUGUCCUUGCCUGCAUCAUCAUUGUCAGCCUACGGGGGGCACUGCGGAAGUUUCGCGACGUUCCCGCCAAGUGGCGCGUGAGCAGGGCCGACGCCGUGGUCUGGCUGGUUGCCAUGGCAGCCACGGUGCUCAUCAGUGUGGAGAUCGGCCUGGUGGUGGGGGUGGUCUUCUCCAUGGUCUGUGUCAUCUUCGUCACGCAGAACCCCAAGGUCUCUCUGCUGGGUCGCUCCGAGGACUCAGAGCUUUAUGAGGACCUGGACGAGUAUGAGAACCUGGCCGCACCAGCUGGAGUCCGGGUCUUCCGCUUCCAGGCGCCGCUCUACUACGCCAACAAGGACAGCUUCCUCCGGACGCUGUACGAGACCGUGGGGGUGGACCCCUUCCUGGAGAUGACCAGCAGGAGGAAGAGAGACAAGAAGGCCACCAAACGCCUGGCUGCCAAGCAGGCAGGGGAGGACUCAGAGAACCACAAGAACGGCAAGCUCUGCGUGGGACUGGUCCGGAGGGAACUGGAGUUCCACACCAUCGUUCUGGACUGUUCUGCCAUCCCCUUCAUCGACUCGGCCGGGAUGGGUGCCUUUGCGGGGUUGGUGAAGGACUACGGUGAGCUGGGGGUGGCCGUGCUGUUGGCCGGCUGCAACACCCCCGUCAUCGACGCCCUGCACCGGGGGGCCUUCUUCGGGGAGAAGGACCGAGACAUGGGCCUCCGGCUUUUCUACACCGUCCACGCUGCAGUGCUCUCCGCCAGGAGCAGGGCGGCAGCUGAGGGCCACACAGCCGGCGACUCACAGGUAUAGAUGACAUGGAAGGAGCGUUCAGAAGAGGAGAAGAAGAAGAAAAGCAAGGGCUGCAGAUGACCGCGAUUCAUCUUGCAUUGAAUCUACCAUUGUUUUUCCUCUACCUCCAUUGUACGCUUUUCCAUUUGUCAAACGCUCGACAAGUAAGUUAAUCGGCUGCUCAUUCGGCUUGGGAAGCAAGGAUACAUAGGUGUAUCAUAACAGGAAGUGAGAUUCUUUGAUCCGCUCACACGUCACCAGACAUUUACAUAUCACGCAGCCGUACGGCCACACGUAACAAAUGUGCUUGGCCGUUGCCUCUGGGGACCCUGAAGCACCUCACAGGCUCCGGGAUCAAUGGAAAGGAAAAACGGAUGCUUGUUUACUCUGAAACGACAAGCUUUGUCAGCGUUAGAAAGUCUUACAUUCCUCACAAGAAUUAGUUUAAGAACUCCAGGAGUUUCCUGAAACCCCAACAUGAUCCUUUUUCUGAUACAAAGACUAUAAAGGGAAGCCAUCUAAAGCAGUGCCAAAACGGCAAUGAAGAUUCAUUUUGUGAUUAAUGAGAAACGUGUUUAAUCACUUUUAUCCUUGUUUGGUCUGAAGCAUCCGAACUUCAAUAAUCCAUUAACGAAUUUUCUUGUGUUUUCAUGGACAUAUUACCCUUUUAACCCUCUUCUGCCUUAUUAAGGGAAGAAUUUAUUAUUCAAUUAAUAAAUUUGGUUGGUUCAAUGUAUGGUACCAAUGGAUUACUCAACAUUCCGUUAGCGUGCAGCUUUAAAUUUCCUCACUUUCGGUUGUUUUCUUUAUUCAUGUAUUUAUUUUAACUUGGUCUUACUUACUGCUUGAGCUGCUGCCCCCGCUACCCGACCCCGGAUAAGCGGAUUGAUGAAGUUAAAAUAUUUAGUAGGAACAUUUGUAAUGCUAUAGGGUGCACUCCUGUUCAUGUCAGUUUGUGCUUUUUUGUGGUCUUAUGUAAAAUCAGACCCAUGUAGCCUUAACACUGAUACUUGAAGAAUAGAUGGCCAAGAGCCAUGUUGUACUCAGACAAUUUCAUAUUCAAUGAUAUUUAAUUAGAUUUUUUUAUAAAUUGUUGCAAUUCCCCCAAAUAGCUUUUCUCCCCAAUAUAUUGUAUUUGAAAUGGUUCAUGAGAAAAUCUUGAAUGAAAUCAAUAGAGAGCUAAUGAGCUUGGUUGAUGAAAACCCAAGCUUGGCCGUUAUUGCUAUCUGGGUGGGGGGGAUUCAGCCUUCAGGAGCACAACUCAGCUUUAGCACCAAGAUGGUAACCAAGAUUGCAACUAAGUUGACCGUCACCAAGUACGAGAUAUGUACUUUUAUCCUCUAAAUGUGUUGACAAGUUUGUCCAAUUGCUUUUAUUUGAUUCGUAGUUGAGAAUAUAAUUGUUCAAAAUUGUCCCAAUACUGUGAUAUCUAUUGUAGCAAACACAAUUUGUAAAAAAAAUCAAAACCAAAUAAAUUGGUUGUUUGUAUUAAACAAUUAUCGCUGUCUUUUCCCCUCCUUUUGUAAAAAUCAACCUACAAACAUGUGAAGCAUUAAGCAUGCCAACAUCACAGGUAAUCCAAUAAAUCACAGCAGCGAAAACAGCGCUGUAUUAUCUGUGUUCACUGACAAACUACAGUCUUGUCGUGUUGCUACCGGCACUAGUUUUGAAUAAGAAGCUAUUAAAAAAACAUUGGAAGUCUUUUGAAGUAAUUUAAAGGGUAUUCCCCUGACAUGAACCGCUGUUAGGCCACUGGAACUCUGCAGGUCAAUGGAAGGGGCUAACAGAGCUAACGCUAUCCCAGCAAAACCCCCUCCUGGACACACAAUGAGGAACUUGGAAUUAAACCAGUUUAAUCUAGUUAAGACAGUCAAAUACCACUUUACAGAUAUUAUGGAAUAUCCUUUUAAAGGUAAUGACUGUCCUCCAUUUGGGAAAUAAUGAGUGAAUGCAAGAAUGGUUGUGAAAUAUUGAAUUUGUGGGACACAUUGAACACAUGUGUAAACGACUAUGUAUGUGAAUGAGUGAUUGUAUAGUUUCACUAAUGAAGUGAAUGGCCCUAGUGGAUAGAGAAACGGUACAUCUCUUCCACAUUACAGUAUCAGAACUGGAUGGUCUUUGGGCCUGAAGGCCCAUCACUCUGGCUAUGCCCUGCAAGAGACCCAGGACCACAAGGGUCUAAACGGUGGAAAGCACCCAAUCUGGUAACGCAUCACAGCUGGGCCAAGUACACUCUGGAAAUACCCUGCAACUUUACAAACAAAAGUUGCUUUACAGAUUUUCAUUUUUUUAUUCAAUCAAUCCAAAUAUUAAAAUAUAGUUUACAGCGCAACUAAACAAAACAAAUAUAACACGUGAUAAUCAUGUGGAAAAUCAAACACUGGUUGUGUGUGCUCAAAGCAAGGACACACACACACACACACACACACACACACACACACACACACACACACACACACACACACACACACACACACACACACACACACACACACACACACACACACACACACACACACACACACACACA